AUGUUGUGUGCUGUCUUGUUGGCCGUUCUUGCUUCACAAGCGUUCGUCUUUGCCCGAGACGAUGACGAGACCAUGGCUUUGAAAUUUCUUACCAAAUACCACUACAUAUGUCCGACAGGUUCAGGGAAUCAGAACGUGGGAUCAGCCAUCAGACAAUUCCAAGACUUCACUGGUCUGCCUGUGACCGGCCAGUUAGACCAACGCACCAUCGCACAAAUGAAGAAACCCCGCUGUGGAAUGCCGGAUGUUGUUGAACUAAGCGGCGGCGGCUUCGGCUGGGAAAAGAGGUACGCCACUGGCACCAAAUGGGGUAAAAAACACCUGACGUACCAUGUGGAGCAUGGAGCAGAUCUGUCACGAGCCACUCAAGACACGGUGUUUGCCAGAGCUCUGAAGUACUGGAAUGAUGUAUCAGGACUGUCUUUCUCCAGAGCUUCCAACGCAAGAUCUGCUGACCUUAAAAUCAGCUUUGGAAGUAGAAGCCACGUUGGAAGCAAUGAAAGCAGGUGUUAUUAUCCAUUCGACGGACCAAGCGGAACACUAGCACACGCCUUCAUCCCCUCAGAAAGCCGCGCGCACUUUAAUGAAGAUGAAGGAUUCACCGAUGGAACAUCAAGUGGCACAAACCUUCUGUGGGUUGCUACACUUGAAUUUGGUCACUCACUUGGUAUCCAUCACUCAAAUGUCAGGAAUGCUGUCAUGUAUCCAUACUACACUGGAUAUGUACCAAACUUCAGCCUGCAACAGGCUGAUAUCGAUGCAAUUCAGUCUUUGUAUGGCGCUGCUGGAGGCGGUGGCGUGUGUAAGUUGUACUGAUUGUGGAGCAUACUUCCGGGUCAGAAAUAACGAUGAUGUCUCGGCAAAAUUAAAAGUGAGGAAUUAUUUUUCAAUUACCAAAAUUGAAGUGAAUCGAAAGUUGCAGUUGCUUAAGGAGUUAGAGCGAAAAAUUCGAGAGGAAGACAACAAGUGUUGUUACAAAAAUUACAUGUUUUUGAUGACCAGCGGACAGUGAAGUGGUCUUGCAUAAUAUACCAAAAGGCGAGUCUUUGUUCAGUUUACAAUAUUUUCCUCAUUUAAUAGGAUAAGCGAUUUAGUUUCUGAUCGACCUACAAAAAUAUCAGUUUCGAAUGCUGACAGGUCAUAUCACGAUUAACUUGAAUUUGAAAACGACAUAUGAAAUACUUUUCUGCGCCCCUCGUGUUUACAAAGCCGACAUUUUACGAAAGAAAGUAUGGGCUCCUUGACGUUUUUGCCACCCAAAAAUUUUGCAGUGUUUGAAAACCAAUAGCCUGCGAGCAGGCUCACCUUUGAGUCGCGCGCGAGCAGCGAAGAGCAAAGCGAUCCGGCGGGAAGGAGUCUGGUGAAGAGGCGUCAUUUUCUCGUCUCGCGGCUUCGCCGCUCGAUUUCGUGCUCGUGGCUACGCCGCGCACGCUUGUGCUCCAACGUGAGCCUGCUCGCAGGCUAGAAAACCAAUGUCUCCAAUAUUUCACUAUUCCUUAAAAAUUUUCGGUUUUUGGAAGGUUGAGACGGAAACCUUUAAAAGAAACAGAAAGGCGAUUCCUCAAAAUUUUGCUUUGCCUCAAUGUGGAUGGAAGAGUUAGUUUUUAUAUUCAAAUUAGGGUUUAAAGAUUCAGCUAAAAUCUCUUGCGACAUAAUAACAGACAGAAACAGACAGAUAAUCAGUAUCUACUUAUUCGCUAUUGAACGAAUUUCGGAAGAUCGCUAGGUUUUUACUUUGGAGUGCUAUAGUUCUAUGUCCAGUUAUUCAUGUAGCAACGUUUUCAUUUCCCAGUUUCGGUUGUUGUGGCAGCUUGUGUUACUAACGCAAGCUUAGUGUACGAGCUUUAUUUGACGUGGUUUUUGACUGAAUAAAAACUGACAGGUAAAUUUUUCUUUAUUGUCUUGUCAUCUCAACCAAUAGAUGGGCCUCCUAGGCAUAAGACAGGCUCGUUUUAUCAAAGGAGCACUGUGAUGAGCAUGACCUCGAAACGUGGAAACCUAAAAAUACUGGGUUUUUUUUUCAAAAUUUGCAAUAUUUUAAGCUUUAAAGGAGUGUUGUUACGAGUUACGCAUGCAUAAAUUCUAUCGUAGCCUUAGAAAAAUCGCUAGCAACUAAUGACAAUUUAAGAAAGCAAAGAUGGAUAUAAAAUUCCUCAAGAAGAAAGCUAAGAGUCCCACACGAGUAUUUUGACCUAAACUACGAUGCACAAGCAUUGCCCGAGAGGCAGGGGUGCUUAUAUGAGAUACACUGAAUCUACGGGAAUUUUCAUCCUCAAGUUUAGAGAUUCUAUUUUUGGCGAUGUUCAGGCAGCAUUCCAGUUGGGACGGUUUAACUUCGGGAAAUUAAGGGAUUGCAUACAUUUUAAUUUCUCCGCCAUUCACGCUUGGUUGGUG